AUGGGAACAGAUAAGAGAGUAUUGGAUAAAAUACUGAGAAAGAAAAAGGAAAUAUACAAUGAUAUUAGAAGCAAAAUCAAUAAAACGGAAAAUAAGGCAAAUAAGUUGUUACAAAAAACAACAGGAAAUAAUUUAAAAGAAUUAAAAGUUAAAUCUACACAAUUUCUUAAGGAAAUGGACAGAAAUAUAGAGAAGAAGAAAAAGGUGAUUAAUAGAAUAAGAAGAUCGAUAGACAAAGUUAAUAAGUUAUAUGAGAAAUUAAAUAAUUCAUCUGUUGUUGAUGAAAUGAAAGAAUUUAAAGAAAACUUUGCAGCAGAUCUUAAUAAAAAAAUUGAAGAAAUCAAUAAGUUUAAAUCAGAACAAGAUGCUUUUUAUAAAAAAGAAUUUAAUAAGUUAAAUAAGGAAGCUGAUAAAAUUUUAAAAGACUGA